GGAAAUUCCAUUAUUUGCGCACUUACACACCUGCAACCAUAAACAGCUGGGAUGUGACGCACGGGGGCCUGGCCGGAGAAAAUGCCAGCGCGGGGAGGCCUCGGAGUGCAAUGCAAGGGCUUCGGGUUGCCGCAGGCUCGCCACGCCUGCCGACGCCGUAUCGCCUGCGCAGCUGCUGAGCGCAAGAAGGCCGCCAAUGACCGCGCCCUGGAGCGCUAUCUGCGCAACCGGGUCAAGGAGCUGGGAACCUUUGUGCCGCCGCCUCCGGGCUCCACGGCCGGCUUCGCCGCUGGCGGCCCCCAGCAGCAGCAGCAACAGAUGCUGCCGCCGCCUGACACAGCCGUGCUGCUUGCCUUCCUGCGGCGCCAGCUGGCCGAGGGCAUCUCAAAUGAGGCGGAGCCGCUGCCGCGAACGGAGCUCCUGGAAGCCAGGAGUAAUAGGCGAGAAGGGGAGGCGGCGGAGGGCGCUGCGAAAACACAGGGACGCGGCGGGAAGAAGGCGGUGACUGGGGGCGCGCGUAAGGGUGUGGUCGUGCUGCAGCCGGAGCCGUACCCAGUCGAGCGCCGCACGCUGCCGCUGCCUGGAGACAUCGCGCCGCCGCCCAGCGGACCACCCGCCGCGGCCCUAGCCCCAGCCGCCGCCCCCAGCACACGUCUGGUCCACGUGUUCUGGGACGUGGAGAGCGCGCACCCCGGCGACGACCGCGACCCCCGGCUGGCGGCGGCGGAGCUGCUGCGCCUGGCGAGGCGGCUGGCGGAGCCGUCGCCCGCAGCCAGCGGUGACGGCACUGGUGACGGCGGGGUUAUGACUGUUGGGGCCAGCAGGGGUGGGGCCAGCAGCGGCGUCAGGGGCCGGGUGGUGGGCGCGUACGCGUACGCCAACCGGCCGGGCUGGACGUGGCUGCCCGCGGCCUUCCUCAACGCCUAUGCAGGGACAACCGUCAUCACUGCUGGCGCCAGCGGCAGCAGCGGCAGCGGUGCCGAUGGAGGCGGAAGCGGUGCCACAAGUGACAGCGAGGCUGGGAGUGGGGUUGGUGCUGCCAGCAGCGGCGCCGGUGGUAGGAAUGGUGGCGGGCGGCCCCGGUGUCCGGUGUGUGGGCGGCAGGUGGCGCCCGCUAAAAUGGCGGCGCACAUCAGGCAGCUGCACCCCGAUCAGCCCGCGGCAGAGGCACUGGCGGAGGCUGCCGUGGCGCGACACGCAGCCGCGGCCGCCGGGGACGCCGACGCCGCAAACUAUGCCGCAGCGGCGGAAGCCGAGGCGCUGGCCGCCGGAGGCGGCCCUGCCUCACCUUCGUCCGCACGGCGGAGAGCGGCCGCCGACGGCAGUAACAGCAGCAGAAGCAGCGGCGGCGGCGGCGGCGGCGCCAGCCGCAGCCGCAGCCGUGGCAACCCCAGCUUGGGGGCUGUGGCGGCCUACUACAGCAGUGACGGGCGGCUGUACCGGCCGCCGGCGGGCCACCAGCUGGUGCUCAAGUACGUCUUGGCACGGGAGGGCUUCGAGCCGCGUGUGGUGCAGAACGCAGACGGCGCCGCGGACCGCGCGCUCAAUGGCGGUAUUGACAGGCUGCUGGCGGCGAUGCGGAACGCAGGCAGCCGGGCUGGUGGCAGCGCCCGUGUGCUGAGGAUGGGCGGAGGUGCGGAGGCGGCGGCCGGGGCGGCGGAGGUGACGGUGGUGCUGGUGUCGGGGUCGCGGCGGCACGGCCCCGCGCUUAACAGCUGCCGGCGGCUGGGCGUGCGGACGGUGCUGGUGGCGCCGCGGCGGCUGCUGGCAGCGCUGGAAGCGGAGAGGGAGGAGAAGAGGGAGAAGGAGGCACAGGCAGGGGCAGAGGCGGGAGCAAAGGGCAAGGGAAGGGGCCGGCGCGCAGCAGCAGACGCGGACGGGGCCACCAGCGGCGGUGUUGGGGGCGCGGAUGUGGUGGUGGAGUGGGAGGCGCUGGCGGGCGGCCGCUACAUGCUGCUGUGAUGCGCGUGUGCGCGCUGUGGACCGGGCACACGGUGGUAGGGGUGCUGUGGCGCCCCGCUGUGGAGAUGUGGAACAAACGAACGAGACUGAACAUAAGUUGACGAAACCUUGGUCCCUGGCUGCACUGAGUAAUGUGCAUAGAAAUGCAGAAUCCCGUGGACUCCGUCUC